GGACGAGUAUGUCGGAUUACCUCGGGACCAUCCAGAAUCCUACCACAGCUUCAUGUAUAGGAAUUUCUUUUCCCAUGUGGACAUCCCACCCCAGAACGUCAACAUUCUUGACGGCAACGCCCCGGAUCUCGCAGUCGAGUGUGCUUCCUUUGAAGCCCGAAUCAAUCGGUAUGGCGGGAUUGAACUAUUCCUAGGUGGUGUCGGCCCCGAUGGACACAUUGCUUUCAACGAGCCAGGCUCUUCAUUGAGCAGUCGUACGCGAGUCAAGACUCUGGCAUAUGACACGAUUUUAGCCAAUUCACGGUUCUUCGGCAAUGAUGUAGAUCGGGUACCGCGACAUGCACUGACUGUUGGCAUCCAAACUAUUAUGGAGGCACGAGAGGUGGUAAUAGUCGCUACCGGUGCUCACAAGGCUCUUGCAGUGGAGAAAGGCCUUGAAGGAGGCGUGAACCACAUGUGGACGCUUUCAGCACUGCAACUGCAUCCACACCCAUUGAUUGUCUGUGAUCGAGACGCAACCUUGGAAUUGAAAGUCAAAACAGUGCGUUAUUUUGAAUCUAUCGAACAGUCUGGUACAGACGCGCGCACCCAAGGCCCGCCUCUCGCCUAUCGACCUCGGACGCACGUUCCUGCCCCAGUAGGCCUGACCAACACGCCCCCGGAGCUUACACCCCAAACCACUCCACUUAAAGUCCCUAAAGAUUUGAGAAUUAACACGGAAUUGAGUCGGUCGAUGGAGGAUGACGAACUGACGCCGGACAGUAUGUCCUCACGGAUGGUGGACUCAGCAAUCGGUGGGCUGGAUUCGGCAUUGAAGGGGGAUCUGUUCUUUGACAGCAUGGGAGCGAGGGUUAUUUCUUGAAUUUCGCCCAUUCGCAUAAGCUCGGCCUUAGAAACAACUCGGGGUUCGUGUUGAGAGGUGGCUGGGUCGAGCUAAAAACCGUCCCGGGAGAGUGACCUCACACUUUUGCUUGACAUUAUCACCAAGUUGGCUUUGUACUUUCAAUGCGGACGUGGUUCAUGAAAAAUAAGCUCCGAAAUAUUGUCAUAUCAUCUCAGAGCUGGGAAAAGAAA